UGUGUGCACAACUUUGUUAUGUUAAUUUCCAGUGGGGUAGCCUAUUGCAGAAAAAACAGUAUCACAUUAUCUGACGUGGUGGGUUGCAUUCUUUGAACACAUACCAAAUAUAAGAUGUUUGCUUUUAAUUUGGCUCAGGACUCUUUAUGGUCCUCAUUGGGCAUUGUGACUGUGAGGAUCAGCUGCUGUGGGUAAGGGAAGGGAAGGGACAAAAUCCACCCUCACUCCUGUGUCACCUAAGAGCUCCCUCCUAAGGGCUGCAAUGUUACAGCCCAGGGACUGUACCUGAAAUUAAUGACAGGAAUACCUACUGGAGUCCCAUGUGUGGCAUUCCAUCCACAUAAACCACAAUUCCAGUCUGUCAGGUUCUGACACUCCAUAAUUUCUCCCUUUCAAAGUGGUAGUGGUUAUGUGCUGUCAAAUUGCCUCCAACUUAUGGUGACCCUAUGAAUGAGUGACUUCCAAAAUGUCCUGUCUUCAACAGCUCCACACAGCUGUUGUAAAUUCUAGGCUGUGGCUUCCUUUACGGUGUCAAUCCAUCUUGUAUUGGGUCUUCCUCUUGUCCUGCUGCUUUCAAUUUCAAUGUGGACUUGUUACAAAAUCCUACUCUACUGCCCCAUCUUGCUGUGCAGGGCCCCCUGAGUUCCUGAAGGCUAUGCUAGUAGAGCAUAAGCAGAAUGAACGUUCUACUUGUCAGUCCUGUCAGGCUAGGAAGGCGGAGUAUCGUCCAGUAGCCUUGUGUUACUUGGUGGAGAACUUUGAGCUUGGAGAGGGUCAUCAUUUGAAGGAUGGCUGUUGGCCAUAGGAAGGAAGAAUGGAAUGGUUGCAAUCUGCAUCGUAAAGGGAUUAUUCACUUCGAUUAAAUAGGUCUUCAAGGUGCUGGUGUGAGCCAGUCUUCCUCAACCUCUAAAUGCGUUGGAGUACAGCUCUCACCACCCCCAGUGGCCAUGCUGAUUUUGGCAGAGUGCUUGGGGGUUGUAUCUGGAGGGUACACAGUUGAGGAAGGGUGAUGUAGUCUUUCCUUGGGAGUAAUUCCAUUCUCUCUCAGAAUCCAUUCCUCACUUUGCUUGUAGCUUGUUUGUAACGUCUCUUUAUUCCAGUGGAGCUGAGGCAUGCCAACGGGGAUUAACAGCUCCCCUUGUUUCCUGCGAGCCUUCAGAUGGCUCUCCCUGUUUCCAGUGGGCAUUCUUGUCACUAGUGUAAAUCCGCACGAACUCACCCACCCGCGGUUUCCCUGCUAAUCUGCCCAGAGAGAGAGACCAUUGCACGCAUUCUUUCUUUCUCUUUGUGCUGCGCCCAAUCCUGCCAUGUGCGCCCCAUCGGCCACCGCCACUUCUCUCUCGGCACCGAGGUAGGGAGGAUUGGGGAUUGCGGGUCAAGGCGUGUGGCGCUGCUUGGCUGGGUUCAAAAUGUUCCCUGCACGGAGAGUCCAAGAACUCGGCACCCCCAGGUGGCGUCAAGUGGGCGGCGUCUGUGUCGAUUUCGCUUGGCCCCGCCAGGGAAGGCGGCGGCGGCGGCGGCAAAAAAAGGAGUUUGGGGUGGGGGAGGACGAGAAAGGACCCGGGAUCUGGAGGGUGACUGUCCCAUCCGCGGAUCUGUCUCUCGGGCCGAACCCAGCCCCGCCCCGCCUUGGGGAUCAGGUGACAGCGGCGGCUGGAAUUUGAUACCGCCAGAGUCUGUCCGGAGCGGAGAUGGAGCCGGUGCUGUUCUCCCUCCCAGAGGCCGCUUGCCCCAGAGUCCUGCCGGCCGCAGGUCCAAGUCCUGCCGCCGACGGCGGCGGCUGCUACUGCGCGCCCCCUUGGCUCCUUCCCUUGCCGCGUGCGGUGAGUCCGGCCCGGCGUGGAUGGGGAUCACUGGAUCGGGGCUGCCCGCCCGACUCUGACCAGGACUUGGUCAGCCGCUCUAACCCGAUCUUUCCCCGCAGGGGGGCGCUGAGCCAGCCGGGCACCUGUUGGCCAUGUGGACGACGUGAGUAUCGGGCGCCCGAGGGAGCGAUCCCGGCAGGGCCGGGCCAUGGCCCCCGGGGCCGGCUGAGCGCAAGAGCCUCCGAAGAGCCGCCGCCGCCGCCUCCGGGAGGGAGCGGAUUCGAUGCCCUGGAAGGGCCGGUACCCGGGGGCAGAGGGAGGCGUUUCCCGGCCCGGAUCCUCGGAGCAUGGUCCCGGCAAAGCUGCGCCCAACAAGAGGCGCCCAGUCUGCCGAGACGGAGCGCACGGAUGGAGUGGAGAGUGGAGGGGCCAAGGCACAGAGCAGACAGAUCUUCCUCCACCUACAGGAAUCCCCCUGUUCAACAGGUACAACAUAGGGGGGCCCUCCUAAACUUUGUUUCUGAGCAUGCUGACAGGAAUGUGACAUCAUCUUUUUCCCAGGAGCGGGGCUUUUGGAAUGCAAUCACUCUGCUGUCACUGUUUGCUGGGGCAGUCAUGGCAACACCACAGACCUGGCAUCAUAACCAGACAUUGGGAUCAACCUCUGGAAGUCUGGGCACUGCUAGUCCAGCCCCUGUGGAGGAAAACAGCAGGGAAGCACCAUCACAGAGCGCAUGGAGCUACUGGCUUGGCGAAAACGUGACUAUACAUGAAUUGAGUGCAUUGGAACUACUCAGGGCCCAGCGCUCCCCAUCCAGUUCCAGUAAGGCUAGGAAAGGAUCCAGGAAGGCUGGGCGUGGAAGCCGGGGCCGCAACUGCCGCCUGCACAGCCUCAUGGUGAAGGUGCGGGACCUGGGGCUUGGCUUUGAGUCCGAUGAGAUUGUAAAGUUCAAGUACUGCAGUGGGUCAUGCCAGCAUGCCCGUACCAACUAUGACUUGACCUUGAGUAGCUUGCUACAGAAACAUGCCAUUGUGCCCGGGCCUCACGACCGCCCUUCCUCUCACCCCUGCUGCCGCCCCACCAAGUACGAAGACUUCUCCUUCAUGGAUGUUCGGCAUGCAUGGAAAACUGUGAGCCAAAUCUUGGCAGCUGAGUGUGGUUGUGUGGGCUGAGAGGG